AUGCCCGGCAGCUCGGCGUCCACGACGCUGCAGUACACGGGCAUCGGCGUCUUCGUGGCCAUCGUCCUCCUCGGCCUCAUCUACUUCAGCUGUUCCAUCAGAGCCGGCGUCCUGGCGCGCAGGAAUGACGCCGCCACCGGGCAAGGCGUAGGGACCGCGAGCCCAGAGCAGCAGCGAGUCCUCGGCCUCGCUCCCGAGGACGUCGCCCUGCUGCCAACGUUCACGUACCACGCUAUUUCACCCGCCGACCGCUGGCACGGCGGCGGUGACAAGGCCAAGGCCAAACCGGCCGACAGCUGCGCGGUGUGCCUCGACGAGCUCCGAGAGGGCGCGCUGGUGCGCAUGCUGCCGUCGUGCAAGCACUACUUCCACGCGAGCUGCGUCGACGUGUGGCUUCUGUCGCACGCGUCGUGCCCCGUCUGCCGAGCGAGCCCGGCCCUGGCACCGGCACCGGAGGGAGUCCAUCUGGGCGUGGCGCCCCUGUCGCCGCCGCUCACGCAGCUGCGCCGGUGCGGGGCGGCGUCCAAGGGUGGCGACACGUCACGGGUGGAUAAUUUUGGGGCAUCGAGGUCGUCAUCUCCGGUAAUCAGGUCCCCGGCGCACUCGGAGCUUUUGAUCUACACGACAGAUGUGAAUUCGGUAAUGUCGCCGUCCGCGACUUGGCCGAGAACGCCCGACAGUGAAAUUUCACGGUACAAUUCACUUUCCCCGGUGACGACAGGUUCGCACCCGGCAGACGUUUAG